AGUAAAAGUAACUAACUAAACACAUGCAAGAGGCUUUUAACUAGCCAAGAUAACUAAACUGUUGAUGAACAUGUUCCUAAAGAUAGAAAGACGAACAAAGCUUUCGUAGACAUCGCAUGAUUCAACUUCCGACAUAGACAAGAUAUAUAUAGUGCGAAGAGCGUUAGUUUGGAAGCGUAAUUAUCAAAAUAUAUCGGGCCGUAUGCAGCCUACGAGACCCGUGACGGGCUUUUCGGGUGAUGUUAUUGAGUCCUUUAUAUAUGUUUCUUCACGGACAAGUUUCUCGUUUCUUUCUGUAAAAAAAACGAUUAAUUAUUCUCUUCUCCUCCAAGAAAGUGCGUUAGGGUUUGGAACAUGGAGGAUUCGGUUUUGGCGGAGGUUAACGUUCGUCCUCUUAAGAUACCGAAAUAUCACGGAGCUUUCGAAGGAUCAUCGAAAUCAGUUAACAAAAAGCGCGAUCUCAAGUACAGAAAAUUGGGAGACGAUGAAUAUUUGAGGCAGUACUUGCAGUUUUACUAUCAGUUCCAGAAAUCUGAGGGUUUCGCGGUUGAAUGGGAUCAAUUUGAUUACGCCUUCCACACUAGAUCGUUGGACAAUCCACCACGAGGUUUUUGCACUACACGAAGCCCUGCCGAGUUGGUUCGUGAGGUGACACUCCUUACCAUAGAGAAACAAAACGAAGCUAAGGGAACAAAACUCGUGUUGGUGGAGCACAUUCAGGCGAAUUUCCAAUUUGCUAAUGGUCUUUUGUGCUGGCUGUCAUUCUGGGCUAUGGAUAUGAAUUCAUCAUCCACCCCUGAGUCCAAAAUCUAUCAAGCUAAACUGUGGAAACGCGGAAAAGAGCUUGAACUUCACCUUUUCAAGCUCAAGCCGACAGAGGAAGAGAUUGUUUCUAUUGAAGUGCAGCCUCCUUCUCCCAUGCAAUGUGAAGACUCUGAGGAAAUAGCUGUAGUGUUUGCCCGAGCUGGUCCUGAAGAUGAUCCUGGAGUUCCCUUUGUUUUCCAUCGAACUGGAGUUGAUCCUGGAGUACCCUUUGGCUGGUCUCGAUCCUGAUAGCAUAGUUCCCUAAGAGAAAAAAAUUAGGAUAAACCAUCGAUAGUGUUUUUUCGAGCUAAAACAAAUUUAGGUUUUGUAAAAUAAAAAUAGACAGUAGUGAUUUCAAAACAUGUUAACUUGGGAGGACCAAUAUACUUAAUCGAUGAUAUAGAGUCGGUGUAAUUGUUAGUUUAUCUUCAGAUUAUUUGUUUCUGGCUUUCAUCGUAAUCAAGUUACUUGUAUCACAAGUUUAGUUUCCUGCGUGUGUUGGUAUGCGGAUACACCUCUCGUAAAACGAAGGAAAAUGAUUGCGGCCCUGUUCGUUUGUCAGUCGCUAGCGGCAGCGAUCAGCGGCAGCGGUUAAUCUCUUGUUCGUUUACCUAUCGCUGUACGAGCGAUCAAACGCGGCGGCUUAUCGCUAGCGGCAGCGACAAAAAAUUUCAAUCGCUAUUUUUUCCAGCGUUUGUUUUAUUAUUUUAAUAAUGAACCCAUUAAAUGACAAUGUUACCCUUGGUUUUUUAAUGAAACUACUAAUGAACCUAAACCUAAACGUAAUAUUUUUUAUAAUUCUCUUGUCGCCGUCAAGCUGUAACGAUUCUCAAUCCUCCACUUUGAUUCUCUCUCGUGGCCAAGCUUGUUGGGUUUCUCAGUACUCCACUUCGAUUCUCUCUCGCGGCCAAGGAGCUUCGAGCCGCGGCCAAGCUUGUCGGUUUUCUCUCUUACGGUUUUAGGAGGAAUCACUCUUAAACAAGGAUGUCAAAGUUGACUAAUGACGUAAGUCUUUUUUUUGUUAAUUAUUCUUUGGCUGAAUUUGUGCUGCUUGGUUUGGUUGGUUUUUUAUUUCAUGGCUGAAUUUGUCUUGAUUGGUUUGGUUGGUCUUAUGAUUUCAUGGCUGAUUUAUUAAAUUAAAACUGGACCGAUGAGGAAUGUCGUUUCUUUUUUCAACUGUUCUUGGAAGAGAAAAAAAAGGGAAACAAAACAAGGAAUGGAUUGAAUCCAACUGCAAAAGAGUUCAUUGUGAAGACAUUUGAAGAGAAAUACGGAGAGAAGCAUAUAUGGGACAGAUUUAAGAACAAGUAUGAUACUUGUAGAAGGGUUUACGUAAGCAUUAAGAAGCUGAUUCAUAACAAAACCGGAAUGGGCUAUGAUGAUAUGGGAAGAAUAAACAUGUCUGAUGAUUGGUGGUAAGAACGCAUAAAGGAGUGGCCUGGAGCUAGGAAAUACAAAAACAAGCAUGUUCCUAAUAUUGAUCUUUUUGAGGAAGAGUUUGGUGCCAUUACUGUCACUGGGGCAGAAGGGUGGAGUGCUCAGCAAGGAGAAGCUAGCUUAGAUUCCAGAGUGAGUGGAAACAAUGAUGAGGAAGACGACUGUACAGAUAUGCCACCACCAGUUGGGGAUAUACAAAAAAAAAAUGGAGGUUCAAGAUCAAAAAGGAAGAGGAAGGAAGUUGAUCCGAGUACUGAAAAUGCUGCUAGAUGUAAUGUAAUUCUUGAUGAGAAGAAUCAACUGAUGGGAAAAAUGAUCUUACUGAUGGAGCGUGAGAACUUACGUAGCGGAGAGCGUUGUGUGGAGAUCCUUAAUGAUUUGCCUGGAGUAAAAAAAUGGUCUAAGUUUCAUCUGGCUGCAGUUGAUCAUUUGCUAGCUGAUCCAGCAAAUAGACAAGGGUUUCUUGCAUUUUCUAGUGCUGAAGAUAAGAUUACCAUUUUAGAACAUAGGAUGGGCAUAAAACUUGACGAUUGAUGUUUGUUUACGACUCUUCUUAUUGAUGGCUUUUGGUUAAUGUUUUGUUUAUUUACGACUCUUUUUAUUGAUGGAUUAUUAUUAUUAUGAAAAGAUCAGCUUAUUAA